AAAUGUCAUAAGACCAGUUUUGUUUAUGCGAUAAGCGGGUGGUAAACUAUUUUUUGUGGAUGGGAGGAAAUGGAUAUUUUCUCCGAUAGGUCGGAGCAGAGCAAUCUAAAAUUUGAUACCAACAACUGAGGAUCUGUGUAGUCUAACAAGAUGAAUUAUGGAACCAAGGCCAAACGAACCUGCAAGAACUCCUGUAUACCAAAGAUUUACAACUGCAUUACAGAACGAUCCACGAUGCUCCCAAGAGGUGGCUCUUGGGCGACGAAUCGGUUUGUAUCGGUUUUGUGGGGAUAUAGGUCGUGGAAAUUUUUCCCGUGUUAAGCUGGCUGUUCAUCAACUGACUAAAGAUAAGGUAGCGAUCAAAAUUGUUGAUACAAAUCGUUUAGAUGCAAAAGCACUGCGAAUGCUUUCAAGAGAAGUAACAACACUUGAAUCUGUCUUUCAUCCAUUUGUAAUAAGAUUGUUUGAAGUUAUUGAGACUUUCGGCAAGAUAUAUAUUAUAGGUGAAUGGGUCCCGGGUGGAGAACUCUACAAUAAAAUUGCAGAUGGUGGUCCACUUGAAGAGUCUCAUGCUGCAAUAUUAUUUUAUCAGAUACUGAUUGCUGUGCAGCAUCUUCACAGUUUAGGUUAUGUACACCGAGAUAUUAAGGCAGAGAAUAUUUUAAUGAUUGACGACAAUCGAAUUAAACUCGCUGAUUUUGGUUUCAGCACACAGCUAGUCAAUGGGCCAUGGGAACAUUUGGAUACCUUUUGUGGAUCUCCACCAUACGCUGCGCCAGAAUUAUUCAGUGAUGAUCAUUACAUAGGUGGACCUGUAGAUAUUUGGGCGUUAGGAAUCUUGCUUUAUUUCAUGCUGCUAGCAAAAAUGCCAUUUCGUGCCUCAACAAUUCCGUUGCUAAGGUCAGCAGUACUGAAAGGAGAUUUUGAGAUACCGACUUCAAUCAGUUUGCCUUGCUGUAGAGUAAUACAAAGAAUAUUAGUGCACACUCCGUCACGCAGACCCACUAUUGAUCAGUUAUUAAAAAGCCAAUGGUUUGAAACAUCAUGCGCUUCCAAGAAUUCUGCCAAAAAAAAAUCUGCCGAAAACUCAGAUUCACGUAAUAUUAGCCAAAAUAGCCUGAAAAUUGAGCCCUCGAUUACACACAAAAAACUUAUUUGGUCACUGAAACAACGUAAGGAGCAUUACACCAAUCAGCCGGCAAAUUCGAAAGUCGUACGAAUAGCCGACGAAGAAUUACAUACAUCUAGUUCGGUUCAAUGUAGUACCAGGCGCGCAGGUAGUGUUUUAGAUAUAAAUUUUUUACGUCCUUUCGAAAAUAGUUGUGUAGUAUAUGAUAAUGAAAAUAACACCAAUUUUUAUGACAGAACGGACAAUUUAUCAACUAAAACUCGCAAAUUCACUAUAAGCUGUGUAGAAAGAAAAAGAAUUACUCCAAUAGGUGACUGCGAUAUGUAUAACUCAUCAUUUACGUAUAUUGAUUAUCGAAACAUUUUACAAAAAAUAGCUGAAGAGGAGCACGGAAAAUAUAUGACACAGCCUACAAUAAAUGUGAACGAAAAACAGUGCUCGCUUGAGCUUCAAACGCGCAAAAUAAUGGAAAAUCUAGGCAUCUCUUCUAAUAUGAUAGAAAAGUCAGUAAUUAAUAGCCCGCGUAGUGAUAUAAUAGGAAUUUAUCGUAUAAUUAUGCAUCGUUUACAAAAAGAACAAUCUAUAACUAGUUUAAUUCGUGAAUGUAUUGAUCCAAAUAAAAAAGUGCACAACUGCAAAAGUACCAUAAACGGAAAAAAUAUUAAAGAAAUUUCGAAGAAAAGUAAUAAAUCAUGCUCAAAAACUAUAUCUUGUACACUUUUAUAAAUACUAGUUACGCACAUGUCCAUAUGUGUUGAUGAUGUUCUCUUAAGGAAAGGAAUAGACAGAAACAAUAUACAGCUUAUUUAAGGAAAGACUAUGCAAUGCUAAGCAAAAAAUGACUCACUAAUUAUGUUAGAAAAUUUAGUGGAUAAUUCAGUCACAUUGAUUGUGAUCACACUUUCCUCAACAAAGUUCCUUAAUUUUCAGUUGUAGAUUAGUUUAGUAGAUAUAAAAAGAUAGAAAAAGAAUU